AUGUACAGCUCCAUCGCGCAUGUACCCCAUGCUCGCAGCGCAGCUGCAGCUGCGUGGGCCGAGGGCAUGCACGAGAGAUCCAUGGGCCGCGGGACGGAACGCCAUGGGCAGGUGGGCACGAUUUGGCAUGGCACCAUGUGGAAUGGCCCGAUGUUGGCCGCCAUGGCACGAUACGACAGCCUUGGCCGUGGCGGGACGAUCGACGAGCCAUGGGCCAGAGAGGCCGGCCGCUGGGGAGGCCAGCACGAAGUCGAGCGGGUGACGAAGCCGAUGGUCCAACCGUCGUCGGCAAAGGUGGGACGGCGCCGUGCAUCGACGACACAGCAUCGACGGCGCGACUCUCGCCAACCCGCAAACGCAGCGAGCCAUCUCGACGCUGCAGUUGCACGGCCACGGCGUGCGUGUGGCAUGGGGGAGCAUGGCAUGGCACAGGUCAGGCCAGGAUGGGAUGGGAUGGGAUGCAUGGGGACUGCCGCACGGGGCACGGCGAUGCAUGGCCACGUUGGUGCACGACACGGAUGCGUCUGCAGGCAGGCGCAGGAGCCGGCGGCGCAGGUGCAGGAGCCGGCACAGGACGGAAAGGCAGGAACGGCUUGGAGGGACGGCCUCUCCCACUCGCUACCGUCCACCUGCUGCACUAUUAAUGCAAGUACGGUACAGUAA